CUCUGGUCAUCUCCUGUACUGUGUCCGCAGUCUCUGGUCAUCUCCUGUACUGUGUCCGCAGUCUCUGGUCAUCUCCUGUACUGUGUCCGCAGUCUCUGGUCAUCUCCUGUACUAUGUCCGCAGUCUCUGGUCCAUCUCCUGUACUGUGUCCGCAGUCUCUGGUCAUCUCCUGUACUGUGUCCGCAGUCUCUGGUCAUCUCCUGUACUGUGUCCGCAGUCUCUGGUCAUCUCCUGUACUAUGUCUGCAGUCUCUGGUCAUCCCCUGUACUGUGUCCGCAGUCUCUGGUCAUCUCCUGUACUGUGUCCGCAGUCUCUGGUCAUCUCCUGUACUGUGUCCGCAGU